AUGUCGAAGGGAGACUCUGGAGGUGCCUGGACGUGGUGGUGGCAUGCUCAAGAAGCGAAUGAUGAAAUUUCUAGAGCUACUACAGCACUGCUUGUCAUAGCAAUUGCAGCUCUUAGUUCUUUCUUUUUGUUCAGGAGGCAGAAAAACGUGACCGCUCUGAUGCCGCCGGGGCCCCGAGGCUUGCCGUUCCUCGGGUACCUCCCAUUCCUGGGGACUGACCUCCCCCAGAAAUUUGCUAAGUUGGCUGAGACCUACGGCCUUAUCUACAAACUCCAGCUUGGAAGCAAGUUAUAUGUGGUGGUUAACUCCCCGUCGCUGGCCAGAGAAAUCUUGCGGGACCAGGACUCGACGUUCGCCAAUCGGGACCCAAGCAUCGCCGCUACCAUCGCAACAUACAGCGCAAGGGAUAUUGCCUUCUCAAGCCAGGGGCCUUAUUGGAGGAAUCUCCGCAAACUGUUCGUACGGCAGAUAAUGAGCAACGCGAGCCUUGAUGCCUGUCAUGACAUGAGAAGGCAGGAGGUCAGGAAAGGGUUGAGCGAUCUUUACAGAAAAUCUGGGGUGCCAGUGGAUAUUGGCGAGUGGGCCGUUCUGAUCUUGAUCAAUGCGGUGAUGGCGAUGCUGUGGGGAGGGACGCUUACUGGAGAGAAGUGCGAAGCCAUUGGCGCUGAGUUUCGAAAGCAGUUGCUUGGCUUGACCUGCAAGGAGUGGAAAGGGACAUGA